UAUUUACCAGCUAGUCCCCACUCUGGUCCCUUCAUGUGACAAUCAUAUGAUAAACUAGUCGUUCCGAGAUAUUUGGAGAAGUUUUGAAGCUAUCGAAUAUUUUGUCGCUGGGGGAUGGAGUAAAACUGAGAUAUGUCUGAUACAGAGGAACCUAAGAAAAAGAAAGCGAGACUUGAGAAAACUGAGGAGAAAGACCAGGAAUAUGUACAGAAAACAUUACUAGAGCAGCUAAAUCAGUUACAAAAGGUUCUGACAACCAUUUUAGCUGAAGCUCGGCAAAAUGCUGAAGAAUGCAUAGAGGAGUUUGUUUCAGACAAAGUGCGUAAAAUGGGGACCAUGAUUGGGCAUUACUUUAAUGCAUUCCAAACACUGAAUGUUAUGUCAAGGAGAGAUAUAGAUGAAGAAGUUGCCAAGGUCUGUCAUGAUCAAUCUAUUCAAGUUGCAGCUGAGGACCUCUUUCAAGCAGAGGAUGAAUGGAACUCUUUCCUAGAAGAAACAGAUGCAAAGAUGAAUCCUUUAUGUAAAGACAACACAAAAGAUUUAAAAGAAGGCUCACAUGGCCCUUGUGAUCUGAAAGUUAUUGAUGUACAAACAGAAAGGAAAGUCUCCAUUCAAGAUUUGCUAACAUCCACAUCUACAAUUUUUAUACUUUUGCGCCACUUUGCAUGA